AUGGGUCGUCGGGUGUAUGGCAUUGGUGUAGAUGUAACGCUAGUGUCGCGAUUCGAGCGCAGCUUUCAACGCUUUGGGAAGCGCUUACUCGUACGUACGCUCCAUCCGAGUGAAAUUACUGAGUUCUAUGCCCGUCCAAGUACAAAGCGUGCAACGUUUCUAGCUUCCAGAUGGGCGGUAAAGGAGGCAACGUUCAAAGCCUUUCAGUGCUACCGUGUUCGAUUCCCAGAGAUUUACACGGUUCAAAGAGGUCUCGAGACCUCGACCAUCUGUACAUCUCUACCUGUAACAAAUGACUCGAAGGCUCUGCGUCUUCAAUUCUCGGGUGAGACGCAGACUCUUGCAAAGCGAUUACGAUUAGUGGAACCGCAUGUUUCAAUCUCACACGAUGGCGACUAUGCUAUGGCCUAUGUGGUAUUGCAAGAAGAAGUUGACGAGGUGAUGAAAGCAGGAAUGUCCUGA